CUUGGUUCUGCAAUGACAAGAUUAUGCUACCACCGUCUCUAUAGGGCGUCAAGUUUGUGAAGUUUUCAUGAAGGCCUUGUUAUUCGCGGUCCCUUCCUUCGACUGCUCUCAAGAUGAACAUUCCCACACUAUCCUCGCGAGGCCGUCUUCUGCUCAGAACCUUUCCGCUCCUGGUAUACCUCUGCACCACAAACGCCUUGACUUGGCAACAAGCGGACACGUCUCGAGACUCCGAAGGCAGUGCUCGACCUUGCGACUUCAACGCCUUGUGCACCUGCGACCAGGACCGCAUGAAAGCGCAUUGCCGGGCAGUCCCCUUGACGACACUUCCGGAAAUGAGUGGAUACGCUGACGUGACCGUCGAGGGAUGCACGUUGUUGAGGGUACUUAAGAACUCCUCGCAUCUACGUCCUAGUAACGUCACGUCCCUUCACGUGAACGACAACCAGCUCAGCCAGAUCGAAGACGGCGCAUUCGCGAGCGUGCCAAAGUUGGCCAACUUGGAUCUGAGCAGAAACCGAUUGACGAGCUUUCCCGCUGGAGCUGUGCUUCCGCUGACUCGCCUUCAGCGAUUGGACCUGAGGUUCAACAGCAUCGGUGAACUGGACGUGAAGGAGCUGGCCGCAGUGGCGCGUAGCCUCGUCAGCCUCAGAAGCCUUCAUCUUUCCAGCAACGUCAUAACGUCCGUGCAUGACGUCAUGUUUUACUAUUUCGGCAACCUGACCAUCCUCGACCUGGAUAACAACAACAUCCUCAGCAUUGAGGGACGUCCGUUCCCGCCAUCUCUGGUGAGGCUCAACCUGACAGGGAACCUUUUGGAACAGGUGUCAGGAACCGCAUUCUUCCAACUCAGGAAUCUUUCCUACUUGCUCCUGGGGGACAACGCGAUACAGCGAUUGGAUCCCAAUUGGACCCUCCCCACGGAGCACCUGGACACCUUGAACCUCGGCCGAAACGUCAUCUCCCAGCUGCCUCCGAGAAUGUUCCAGAAUCAAAAGAAAGUCACCGUCCGACAUUUGGUGCUGGCGGACAACUACCACCGCUACGUGCCACCGAACCUCUUCAAGACGUUGGCAGCGAGACACGUUUCAUUCUCGGUAAAUCACAUCGAGUCACUACCCGAAGGGCUGUUUCAAGGCUUAGACGAUGUCGUUGUCCACUUGGACCUGGCGCACAACAAGCUGCGCCAGUUUCCCCGGACUAUUGGAAAGCUCCGAAGACUUCACACACUAAACAUGCGCGACAACCAGUUGUCGGAGUUCGGCGAGUACGAUCUUUUCUCGUGCAGGGUCAGCUUACGUGUGCUGGACGUCUCGGACAACAAUUUCGACGCAGUUCCCAAAAUUGCGCUAAAAUUCUUGUCGAGACUGAAGUCGUUAAACAUGGCUGACAACGCUUUAGCCUCCAUAGAAAGGCAGGACUUUAAGCAUGGUCUCGACGGGCUUCUAUCUUUAGAUCUCAGCGGGAACAACAUAGUGUACAUCGAGGAGCACGCCUUCGAAAUGCUUUCGAAAUUGGCAAACCUGCGCCUCACGUACAAUCCCAUAACGACACUCAAUUUUAAUUGGUUCCCCAAAGGAUGCUCAAACCUAAAAGCCAUAGAUAUUUCUGGAACUAGACUCGUACCGGACACUGUAAACAGAUUUCUUCAAUCGUGUCAAAGAAUUAACAGCCUCGAUGCCACCUAUGCCAGGUUACCUAAUUUGGAACCGGCACCACUGAACCAAAUGAGCGAGCUUAUCGCGCUCAACGUGAUGCAGAACGAUUGGCGUUAUUUUCCAAAGGAUUUUCUGAACGGAACAGCUCAGACAAAAUUGACUACAAUAAAGGUUAACCAAAACCGCAUAAAGGAGAUACAGCCAUACACAUUCAGCGAUUUAGCGCGCCUACAAGCCGUUGACCUGUCUGCGAACGAAGUCACUCGCCUUGAAACAAAGACGUUUAACAACUUGCACAACCUGACGAAAUUAAACUUGUCGCGCAACAAGGUGUCGGUGAUGGACGUAGGAGCGUUAACUGACCUCCCUCAACUCAGGGAUAUCGACCUCAGCUUCAACAAGUUGUCAGAGUUCAACGUGCAGUUUAUUGUUAACCGGAACACGCAUCACUUACUGCAGCUUAACCUUUCGCACAACAAAAUAACCUACCUCAGGCUGAAAAACGGAGCCGAGCACGCCAUCCUUAACGUGACUUCCCUCGACCUCAGCCACAACCUCGUCGAAAGCAUAGCCCGCCAUUUCUUCUGGACAACACGGCACAGCUUGACCUUUCUCAACUUGUCCCACAACUUCUUGUCAACCGUGUCCGUCGAAGUGGCGUCGGAGUUGCCGCGGGUCAAAGUUCUCGACCUGAGCCACAACCGAAUCGCUCAACUUUCGCCGCGGUCUUUUCAAGCGUCGUCCGAGAUCUGCGUGCUGCUGCUCAGUCACAACCGGCUCUCCGCCCUCCCCGAAGAGGCCUUCACGAGGAUGGCUCGCCUUCAAGUCUUGGCCCUCGACAACAACCGCAUCGCGUCACUGCCGGAAGACGCGUUCGAAGGGACGCCGCUCGUCCACCUCUCUCUGUCGCAUAACUCGCUUCCCAGGCCCUUCACCAAGGCGUUCGCUCCCACCCGAGCCACUUUGACGAGUUUGGACUUGUCGCACAACCGCAUCAAGCUCAUCGCGGCGACCGAGUUCGACCACCUCUUCAACCUCGAGAGCCUAAACCUGUCGUCCAACGAGAUCAUCAUCCUGCCGGGCCAGGUCUUCGCCAACCUCAGCCGCCUGGUGGUCUUGGACGUGUCUCGAAACCCCCUGCUUCGAGUGGAGCCGGGGUCUCUGAACCUGCCCGUAACCUUCCUUGCUCUCGACGACUGCAACCUCACCUCGGUGCCGGACGUGAACGCGCCCAACCUCGUUGAGCUCUCGCUCGGCUUAAACUCGAUCGCAAACUGUUUGUCCAGGUCUUUCGCAAAUGUGAGCAAGCUCAGGACGCUUGACCUCUCGUCCAACCGCAUUCGAGAGAUAGACCCCGGAUGGUGGGCUCACGUGACCGAUUUGCGCAGCUUGGAUGUUUCCGGAAAUCCCAUCCGAGGGCUCGGGAGCGGAAGCUUCAAGCCCCUCAGCAGGCUUCAUCACCUCGACAUCAGGGGCCUCGAGCUGAAAUUCCUCGAUGCCCGCACAUUGGAUCCUCUCAAGAGCCUGCGCAGUGUCAAAACCAACACGUACUCCAGCGCGAGGGCGUUUCGACUCCAGGAGAUGUUGUUCCAGGCCAAGGCUCUUCAAACGCUCGUGGUUCACGUGGACGAGCCGGGCCUCUCCUACCAAAUACAGUGGGCCUUCAACAAGAAGAUUCGCGAGCUGAGCGUGAGCGGCUCCGAGCUGCGCUCGGUCGCGGCCGACGCCUUCGAAGGGCUGCACCCGCACGGGCCCUUCACGUUCCGGCUGCGGGAGUGCCCGCUCCUGGAGACGCUGCCAGCCGGACUCCUGCGAAGGUGGGCCGAGCUGCCCCGCCUCAGCGUCGACCUGUCGGACAACGCCGCGCUCACGUCCUUCGUCGCGGGAGACGAAGAGCGCGCCAACGGCACUGCUCGGGAGCGACGGCCGUCUCACUACGUCAGCAGCUCUUUCUCGCUGCGAGGCACCCCGUGGACUUGCGACUGCCGCUUGCUGUGGUUCCGGCGACGCCUGCUGCGACAGAGGCGCCACCUGUCCAAAUCGCCGGAGGCGGCGAGAACCUACAGCGACGAACCGCGGUGCACCGUUCCGGGCACCAGCGCCAGGACUGUCGCCAUCAGCGAUCUUCGGCCCGACACGCCUCACUGUGCCGGGGACCCGAGUAGCAGCGGAAGCGUGGGCGCCGAAUUCCUCGUGGCGCUCUACGUCGCCACGGCCCUCGCAGCGCUACGUUUUGGCUGAACGUAUACUACGACGUUGUGUCUUGGCCGUGUGUGUAUGUGGCCUCAACUGCCAGCAGCGAAGGAGCAGUGACGCGAGAAUUUCGAGGCUGCAUGGGGCAACGAAUGGCAGCGCCCAAAUUUCGCCUGACAACAGCAUCACCGCGGUGCACAGCCCAUUGACUACAGUGAACGGAGAAAAGGUUUUUAGUAACACGUAGCGGCGAUUUUGCGCCUGCAAAUUCGCCGCUCAUAUAUUUAGGCACAUGCGUCUGCAGCCUCAAACCCGCCCCCUCGGCGCCGGCGUGCCAGAGUGUAGGAGCGCAUAUGCGCAUGCGCACUUCAGCGCAACGCGCAUAGCCAUGGACAAAGCUUGGCCGGAGGCAUCUAGCUAAGGAUGUCCACUUGUUAUCGCGACGUUGUUAUCGAAAUCUAUACUACGGAGCCAUUUUCGUGGCCUAGCUCCCUACCGGCUGACGUAGGGCCGAUUAAGUUGGGCGCUGCCUUGGCGCCUGGCCAGCGCUGGUUCCGCCGAGCCACUCGAAAUGUCCCGAGGAGUGACCGCCCCCUCUGGACCCGCGCCCCUGGCGUCCUUUCUAUUGACUGAGGCAUGCACGGGUCUGCCUCGCAGCGCGAUUACGAUGAAAAAAGGCAAUAAAUUGCACUACACACACA